AGAGUUUCAUUACACAAUCACACGCACCCCUAUAUAUAUAUAACAAACCACUACCUAUUCUCCUCAAUUCGCUUUUGCUUUCUUUGCAAGUCUUCCUUUUUCUCACAGGUGGGUGGUAAAUUUGCAGGUGAAUAUAUAUGGUUGAAGUGGGUAUUUUUCAGAUCACAAGUAACAGUUUCGACCCAUUUGCUGAGGCUAAAGAUAGAGAUGCCCCCGGGGCGAAGGAGUAUGUGCAUAUCCGCAUACAGCAGAGGAAUGGGAAGAAGAGUUUGACGACAGUGCAAGGUCUGAGGAAAGAGUUCAGCUAUGAGAAGAUUCUGAAAGAUCUGAAGAAAGAGUUCUGCUGCAAUGGCAAUGUUGUGCAUGACAAGGAGCUUGGCAAGAUUAUCCAACUCCAAGGUGAUCAGCGCAAAAACGUUUCUCACUUCCUCAUUCAGGCUGCACUUGUUAGGAAGGACCAGAUCAAGAUUCAUGGUUUUUGAUCUACUCAACCUUUCUUCUACUCAUCAACUACACCUAUGACACUGUUUCUGAAAUAAGCUAGAUGUUUGGAGUAUUUGGUCAUUUUCUUUAUGUAUGAAGGAAAAUCCCAAGAUGGAUGAUCAUAUAUGGCAUAAAUUUAUUUACUCUA